AUGUCCAGCGAGCAGGACCAGAUAAACAAGCAGAGGGAAGCUGGUGAUAGAGAUAACGCACGACUCUGGCGCGCAUGGCGGACCAUUCAUGAGAUGGUUCAAGACCGAGGGUAUAUUCUAGCUGAAGAGGAGGUGAAGAUCAGUCUGAGCGAUUUCGUUAAAGCUCACAGAGAUGGAUCUGGCAUGGUUAGCAAAGCUAGUAUGAAGUUCUCUGCUCAUCCAAGUGAUGCCAUGAUGCAACGAUACUCAAACCCUGCAACCGAAUCGAAUCCAAAUCCACCUCCACCUGAUGUCGGGACGAUCUGGGUCGAGUUUCUAGAGGGCGAUAACGUCGGAAUCAAACACAUGCGCACAUUCGCACAGUAUCUAUCCGCUCACAAUUUCCACACCGGCAUUCUAAUCACAAGCGUCAAUAUUACUCCUUCUGCGCUUAAAAUUAUCCCUGCGGUGGCAUCCGAAACGAGAAUUGAGACGUUCAACGAGCAGGAUCUACUAGUCAACAUCACCCAUCACGAAUUGGUCCCAAAACAUGUUCUUCUGAGUAAAGAGGAGAAGUCCGCGCUCCUGGCCAGAUACCGUUUGAAGGAUACCCAACUUCCUCGAAUUCAAAUGACUGAUCCGGUUGCACGAUACUUGGGAUUGAGAAGAGGUCAGGUCGUUAAGAUUAUUCGCAAAUCCGAAACCGCGGGACGUUAUGCGAGUUACCGGCUUUGCGUUUAA